AUGGCGGCUGUGAACAAGGAUCAGAAGGCAAAGCCAAGUGCUCUCCGUUCCAUCAUUGCGGGAGCCAGCGCCGGAGCCGUGGAGAUCGACGCUGCAGCAAUCACAUAUCCGGCCGAAUUCGCCAAAACCCGAACACAGCUCAAUCGCCAACUGGCUCACGGCCAAAAGCUGCCAUGGCCACCCUUUGGAAGCCAGUGGUACGCGGGGUGUACGACACUGAUUAUCGGAAAUUCUCUCAAAGCUGGAAUUCGCUUCGUCGCUUUCGAUGCGAUCAAGUCGGUUCUCCAAGAUGAGAACGGCAAGAUCUCAGGACCGAGAACUGUGGUCGCUGGAUUUGGUGCUGGAUUCACCGAGUCCCUGCUUGCUGUCACUCCGUUUGAGAGCAUCAAGACCCAAUUGAUCGACGACCGCAAAUCUGCGAACCCUCGGAUGCGUGGCUUCUUACACGGUAGCAAGCUCAUCUUCAAGGAGGAGGGUGUUCGAGGCUUCUUCAAGGGAUUUGUCCCUACGACGGCUAGGCAGGCUGCGAACUCGGCAACCCGUUUCACGGCCUACACAACUCUGAAACAGCUUGCAGAAGGCUACACGGCACCAGGCGAGAAGCUGGGCACUGUCAGUACCUUCGGUAUCGGAGGUGUUGCCGGCCUGAUCACUGUUUAUGUGACACAACCGUUGGACACGGUCAAGACAAGAAUGCAAUCGCUUGAGGCUAGCAAGCACUACAAGAACAGCUUCGUCUGUGCGGCCAGAAUUGUCAAGGAUGAGGGCGUCUUCACUCUGUGGUCCGGCGCUAUGCCACGCCUUGCCAGACUCAUCAUGAGUGGAGGAAUCGUGUUUACCAUGUACGAAAAGGCUAUUGAUGCUAUGGAUCUGGUGGAUCCACAGCGUAAGUACAUUUAG